UCUUAACGAAGUUAAUUCCUUAUCUAAAUACAUCAUGACUACAGAAUUUUCAAUCUUUAAUAGAGACCAAAUCGAUGAACUCUUUGAUCUACAUGAAAGUUCAAUGAAUGAGGAUACCAAUGUACUUAUGCAUCAAGAAGAGCGCUUUGAUGAUUUCAAAGUCCAGUCGUUUCAGAACUGCAACAUAGGAGUUACAAACGAAUCAUCUGAAUUAAAAUGAAACUUCUCACCACUCAGCAGAAACUUCCCGUUUUACAGUGUACAAGAGAAGGAAAACUCAGUAACAGGAAAACAGCAAGAAAUCCCUAAAGAAGCCGAUGAACAGGAGGAUGACUCUUUCUUAGUCCUUGCGCUUUCUCCUUCAAAAAGACAACUCUCUGGUUCUUCUCUUGAGCAUCCUGUUGAAUUCUCCUUCAGCUUAUCAAAAUCUGCAAAUUUUCCAAAAAUGGUUUCAGUUUCUUCAAGUUCUCAGCAAGAAGCUGUAAAUAGCAAGAAGAAUUAUGAAAACAUUGUGGAUAAUCUCGUUACCAGUUGCAAACAAAAAUGCAAGGUUAGAAGAGAUGUCAUCAACAAGAGGAUCAUCAGGUACUUCAGAAAGUAUAUCAGAGAACUUAGCCCAGAGCACAAGAUGCUCUGAAGAAUCACGAAGCCUAUUUCUCAACUCAAGAGCGAAAUGAUCGAUCGAGCUAUCCACCUCGGGAUAUUGAAUGAAGACUCAGACGAAAGCUUUAAGGAAUAUCUUUGUUGGAUGUGCACUUAUAAGAAGACAGAUAAGGUUAACAAGAUAUUUGAUCUAUCAAAUCCUUCUAUUAAGUUGUCUUCGGAUUUAUUCCUGAAAUAUACCCACUUGAAGCUCGACCUCGCCCUUGAGAACAAAAAUAUCGCAUCAAUGUUCAUGUUUUUCAUCAGGAACAAAAGAGAGGAGUUCCUUUCUCAAUUCUCUGAAGAUCUGAGGAAGGUUUACUCAGAUGGACUAAACAGUCUAAUUACAAAGGCUACUCUAAAUCUUAAUAUUUGUUAAUAAGC